UGGGUUUGAACGAGCACCGAGGUCACGUGAGCGCGACGGCAGCAGCAGCGGGCACGGUGGCACCUCAGUGGGAACACGGGCGGCUUCACUCCUGUGCACCGCUACACUUAGAAGCAGUAACGAGCGACAUCAGUACGUCCUCUUACCGAAAAACCCGCCGGUGAUGGCGCGUGUCUAGUAACGCAACGGCUCGCUCUCCGUGCAUUGCGCGCACACUCAUGCAGUCUAUUUUUGCACGGUAAAACACGUUUGACACCGUGCGCUCGGGAGACACACACAGGAACCGAGACUCGGAUGUGUUGGACUCGCAAUGGCAGACCGUGAUUCGUUACCGCUGCCUUUGGAGGUGCGAGCGCGGCUCGCGGAAUUGGAGCUGGAGCUAUCUGAGGGUGACAUCACACAGAAGGGCUAUGAGAAGAAGAGAUCCAAACUUUUACAAGCUUACCUACCUCAUACACCAGGGGCAGAGCGCCGUGUCCCUGUCACACCAUCUUCAUCAUCUUCCUCAUCCUCUCGUUACCAGCGACGACGGUCCACCGGCACAAGGGAUGAGCGUUACCGUUCAGACGUACACUCAGAAGCUGUGCAGGCUGCUCUGGAGAGACACAGCGAGAGAAAAAUGGCCGUGCUGUUGCCAUCCAAGCGACGGUCUCUCAUCGGUCAAACAAGCACAUACACUCCUCCAGACUCGUCCUCUGGCUCUGACGCAGAGGGGUCUCUGGGGAGGACAGGGGGUGUCAGCGUGGACUCCUGGAUCAGGGGAGCUCUCCAUUGCUCACCUUCAACAUCAUCGUCAUCAUCUUCGCACAGCAACAGCUCUGCCAACGCAGUCCGGUUCGCAGAGACAAACAAGCACUCGUACGGCAUUGGUCCGAUGUCUCAUCUGUCUCUGAAAAGGCGGGGCUUAAAAGAAAUGGGCGUGUCUGCUGAGAUUGGUGUUGGCAUCAGGCAUUCCAGUGACUACCAAUCAGAUCGGCCCUGGUCAUCUCUCGAUUCUGAGGACAGUCUGUCGGCCCCCCCUGACAUCACCAGCUACAUGCCAGACCCCACCCCCAUCUCUAUGCAACGCCCACAGGUUACCAUGAUAACCAAGCCUCCUCCCAAAUAUGGCAAUGCUGAGCUGAUGGAGACAGGAGACGGUGUGCCUGUCAGUAGCCGAGUCUCUGCAAAAAUCCAGCAGUUAGUGAACACACUGAAGCGACCCAAGCGAAAACCCUUGAGAGAAUUCUUUGUGGAGGACUUUGAAGAGCUGCUGGAAGUGCAGCAGCCUGAUCCCUCUCUGCCACGCCCAGAGAGGGAGGAGUCAACUCUUAUACAAGGAGAGGACCUGGACAGACUCAAGAACUGCCCGGCCUCGCUGGAGGCGGCCCUUCUGCGCUGGGGAACCAUUGCACCCAAAGCCCCCUGUCUCACCACCACGCACAGCAAUGCCAAACAACCAUACACUCUUACAUAUGGUAAGCUCUGGUCCAAGAGUUUGAAGUUGGCCUAUAACCUUCUCCACAAACUAGGAACCAAACAAGAACCAAUCAUCCACCCUGGAGACAGAGUGGCACUUGUGUACCCAAAUAAUGACCCAGCAGCAUUCGUGGUGGCGUUUUAUGGCUGUCUUUUGGCUGAAGUUGUUCCUGUGCCAAUUGAAGUGCCACUCACAAAGAAGGAUGCUGGGAGUCAACAGAUUGGCUUCCUACUGGGCAGCUGUGGAGUUGCCAUUGCAUUGACUAGCGAUGCGUGUCAUAAGGGUCUUCCCAAAAGCACUAGUGGUGAUGUCAUGCAGUUCAAAGGCUGGCCGAAGUUGCUGUGGGUGUUGACUGACUCCAAACAUUUGUCUAAACCGCCAAGAGAGUGGUUCCCUCUCAUUAAAGAUGCCAACAAUGACACUGCAUAUAUAGAGUAUAAGACUAGUAAGGAUGGGAGUGUGUUGGGAACAACUGUGACCAGGAUGGCAAUGCUCACACACUGCCAAACACUCACACACACCUGCGGAUACAGCGAGGCUGAGACCAUGGUGAAUGUGUUGGAUUUUAAGAAAGGCAUCGGCCUUUGGCACAGUGUUCAAGCGAGUGUGUUGAAUAUGUUACAUGUGGUCAGUGUUCCAUAUGCGCUAAUGAAGGUGAAUCCUCUCUCCUGGAUUCAAAAAGUCUCCCAGUACAAAGCUAAGGUGGCGUGUGUGAAGAGUAGGGAUCUACACUGGGCUCUGAUUGCCCAGAAAGAUCAGACUGACACCAACAUGAGCUCAUUGAGAAUGCUGCUGAUCGCUGAUGGAUCAAAUCCCUGGUCGAUAUCCUCUUGCGACGCAUUCCUUAAUGUGUUUCAGAAUAUGGGCUUAAGGUCAGAGGUCAUAUGCCCAUGUGCUGGCUCGCCUGAGGCCCUCACUGUAGCCGUCAGGAGGCCUCAGGAGGGCAGCUCUAAGCCGGCAGGACGAGGGGUCCUCAGUAUGACGAAUCUGAGUCAUGGGGUCAUUAGAGUGGACACAGGAGAGAAGCUGUCUGUCCUCACCCUACAGGAUGUGGGCACAGCUAUGCCAGGAGCAAUGGUGUGCGUUGUUAAACCAGAGGGUGUUCCUCAGCUGUGUAAAACGGAUGAAAUUGGAGAGAUCUGCAUGUCGUCUGUUGCCACGGGAACGUCAUAUUAUGGGCUGACAGGAAUGAGCAAGAACACUUUCGAGGUGUGUCCAGUGUCAUGUGAUGGUGGUUUAGUCAGUGACUGUGUGUUUGUGCGGUCGGGUUUGCUGGGGUUUGUGGGUCCAAGUGGAAUGAUCUUUGUCUCUGGGACGCUGGAAGGACUGAUGCAGGUCGGGGGACGGAAGCACAAUGCUGAUGACAUCAUCGCAACCGCUCUCGCUGUGGAGCCCAUGAAAUUCAUCUAUAGGGGAAGGAUUGUGGUAUUCUCAGUAAAUGUGUUGUAUGAUGAGAGGAUUGUGCUGGUGGCCGAACAGAGACCAGAUUCAACUGAAGAAGAGAGUUAUCAGUGGAUGAGCAGAGUGCUGCAGGCUAUAGAUGGGAUUCAUCAGGUUGGGGUGUACUGUCUGGCUUUGGUCCCUGCUAACACCCUCCCAAAAACCCCUCUGGGUGGGAUUCACCUGUCUGAAACCAAACAGCUGUUCUUAGAGGGGGCGCUGCACCCCUGCAGCAUCCUCAUGUGUCCUCACUCCUGUAUAACCAACCUGCCCAAACCCAGACAGAAACAACCCGAGGUGGGUCCUGCCUCGGUGAUGGUGGGCAAUCUUGUAGCAGGAAAGCGAAUGGCUCAGGCCAGUGGACGAGACUUUAGUCACAUAGACGACAAUGAACAGUUUCUCUUUCUGUCGGAAGUGUUGCAGUGGAGAGCGCAGACAACACCUGACCACAUACUGUACACACUUAUCAACUCACGGGGGACAAUAGGAAGCUCUCUGACCUGUCUACAACUUCAUAAAAGAGCUGAAAAAAUUGCCACUUUGCUGUAUGAGAGAGGACAACUUCGAGAUGGAGACCAUGUAGCUUUAGUGUUCCCUCCAGGUCUAGAUUUGAUCACUGCGUUUUAUGGCUGUCUGUAUGCAGGCUGUAUUCCGAUCACUGUGCGGCCACCGCACUCUCAGAAUAUCUCAACCACUCUACCUACAGUUAAAAUGAUCCUAGAGGUGAGUCGUUCAGUGUAUGUUAUGACCACCCAAGCGAUCUCUAAACUUUUGAGAUCCAGAGAUGCAUCAGUGGCUGUGGACUUUAAAUCAUGGCCUCCGAUCCUGGAAACAGAUGACUUGCCAAAAAGGCGCUGUCCCCUUCUGUAUAAGCCAUGUGACCCAGACUCAUUGGCCUACCUGGACUUCAGUGUGUCCACCACUGGCAUGCUCGCUGGCGUAAAGAUGUCUCACAGUGCCACCAGUGCUCUGUGUCGCUCCGUUAAACUGCAAUGUGAGUUGUAUCCCUCUCGUGAGGUAGCCGUCUGUCUUGACCCCUACUGCGGCCUCGGCUUCGUCCUUUGGUGUCUCUGCAGUGUGUAUGCAGGGCAGCAGUCUGUUCUCAUCUCUCCAAUGGAUCUAGAGGUGAAUCCAGCUCUGUGGCUGCAGUCCGUCAGUCAGUUAAAAGUCCGAGACACAUUCUGUUCAUACUCUGUGAUGGAGCUCUGCACGAGAUCACUCAGCUCUCUCACGGACUCUCUAAAGGCCCGUGGGCUGGAUCUGACCCGUGUGCGUUCAUGUGUGGUUGUGGCAGAGGAGAGGCCUCGUGUUUCUUUGACUCAGUCCUUCUGUAAGCUUUUUAAGGAUGUGGGGCUGCACCCCCGUGCGGUCAGCACUGCAUUCGGCUGCAGGGUCAAUCUCGCAAUCUGCUUACAGCCUCACAGGUUGGGGAAGCUUGCUGAGCAGGGGACAUCAGGACCUGAUCCCACAACUGUCUAUGUGGACAUGAGAGCUCUGAGACAUGACAGGGUGAGACUGGUUGAAAGAGGAUCUCCACACAGCCUACCUCUCAUGGAAUCAGGGAAGAUUUUACCAGGUGUACGCAUCAUCAUUGCUAACCCAGAGACAAAGGGACCAAUCGGAGACUCUCAUUUAGGGGAGAUAUGGGUCCAUAGUCCACAGAAUGCAAGCGGAUACUUCACUGUAUUCGGAGAGGAAAAUGUGCGUUCGGAUCAUUUUGGAGCCAGGUUGAGCUUUGGAGACACUCAGACUGGUUGGGCCAGAACCGGAUACCUGGGGUUCCUGCGCAGAACCGACCUCACAGAUGCUAGUGGAGAGAGGCACGAUGCCCUUUAUGUGGUGGGAGCGCUGGAUGAAGUCAUGGAACUGAGAGGGAUGAAAUACCAUCCUAUUGACAUUGAAACGUCCAUCAUCAGAGCACACCGGAACAUCACAGAGUGUGCGGUGUUCACAUGGACUAAUCUCUUGGUGGUGGUGGUGGAAUUGGACGGUUCCGAGCAGGAUGCUCUAGAUCUGGUUCCCAUGGUAACUAAUGUGGUUCUAGAGGAACACUACUUGAUUGUGGGUGUGGUGGUGGUUGUGGAUUCGGGCGUAAUUCCCAUCAACUCUCGCGGAGAGAAGCAGCGCAUGCAUCUGCGAGAUGGCUUCCUCGCCGACCAGCUUGACCCCAUAUACGUGGCUUACAACAUGUAGAAACACACAAACACAAUUUAUAUCAGAGAGAGACUUGUUGUCAUAAAUACAGGCAUGACAACAAUGAUUUCCAGCACUACCCUCUUACUGUCAGCACUUGUGUAAGCCUGUUAGCAGUAGAUUGAGCACCCUAAAAAUAGCAAACAUACACACAUUCAUUCACAGAGGGACUUGAAAGGACUUAAAGGACUCCUGUAGCAUAUCUUAUAAGUUUUUAGUUCUUAUUUAUGUUGCUAGUGUUGCUUAUUUUUUUAACUUGCGUAUUAAGUUUUGAUUUAAAUGAACGGGAUUUAUAAAUAUUGCUGUUGCCAACUAAAUUCAUGUUAUUUUAUGUGUUUUUAUACCUGCAGUCAUUAAUAUAAAUAUAUGUCAUAUUUGGGCUUUCAUGUGCUCUUUCUUGGCAUAUUGUUUGUUUUAUGCUGUUGUUGUCUUUGUUGAUAUGCAUUUUCAAAGUUGUAUUAGAAUGUCACAUACCGACUCAUUUAGCAUGUUUGUCAUAAUUUUACAGACACUGUUAUGACAUUUCACAUCUAUUAAUUAUGUACAGAAAUUGGUUCAGUUUUGUUUAAUUUUGCCUUGCUUUUGCAGUAUCAUGUUUGUGAUUUAAUCGUUUCGACUAACAUACGUAAUUGAGGCCAUUUUAUCAUGUAUACGAAUAAGAUCAUAUCUGCACUGUGAGAAUAUAGAGCUAUGUCAACUAGAAUUUGCCUUCUAGAUUCAUUGCCCCACAGAAGUUGAUCGCUACUGUUUUAUGUCUAUAUCUAAAGAAAUGGAGGAAUGGAAAGAACGACAGAAAAAGAGGACAUAUGCACAAUGUGUGUGUUUAUUAUGUCUUUAUUUAUUUUUGAAGCUUCCAUGACCUUGUAAGAAACUAGAGCACUUUGAUUUUGUCACAAUGUCUUUUCAUAUGUCAAUAAAAUAUUUUCAACUAUU